AUGCCGUUCCCAUCCACCCCGGGAGAGCGAUCGGGGGCACCUGAGUCUUGGGAUGGACUAGCAAGAGAACGCGUCGCGGCUAUCACUGGUAUCGAACUCGGUCAGCGGGUCGCCUCCUCCGCACGACAGCCUUCCGCACACGCACAAGCGGAGUUGGAUCGCGAUAUUGAGGAAGCACUACGAGCCGUCUCUACUCUUCGCAUGGCGAGGAACUCUUUGUCUCCGAUAUACAGACUUCCUAGCGACGUCCUGUCCGUCGUCUUCUAUUUCUGUACCAUCAACAACCCUGCCCUUCCCAACCGAACACCCACCACCGGUGGCUGGUUGGCUGUUACAUGGGUAUGUAGCUUAUGGCGAGAAGUCGCGCUGCAUACGCCGAGUCUCUGGGUGAAGAUACCACUCAAAGCCGGCCAAUCUGUCGCAGAGAUCUUCUUAGAGCGUGCCAAGUCUGCUCCCCUCAUCGUCCACGUACCCGCAGCCGGUGCCUUUGGGCCGUACCCCGCCUUCAUUCAGAAUGUUCAGCUCAUUGCCUCUCACAUCGGACACACCGAAGAGCUCAGCCUGCACGCACCCAUAUCGCUCUACAACGCGGUGCUCGAGCACCUAAAAGUGGCAGCGCCUGUACUCAAAUUCGGGAGUCUGACAUCGGUCGGCAACAACUCUGUAUGCCUUGACUUACCCGCCGAUGUCUUUGUUCGCCGCGCGCCCAUGCUUCGCAAGUUGAGCCUGACGUACGUCAUGGUUCCUUGGACGUCGAUACCAUGGAGUAGCUUGCGAAGUCUUACCAUCUUGCACCGCGAUGGUUUUGAGAAGCCUACUCUACGUGGCGACUUCUCUGAUCUCUGUCAAGGACUGUCUUCUGCUGCUCACUUGGAAGAGUUGGUCCUCCGCCACUGCUUGCCUACCAUGACACGGAUCAACACAACCACGCCGACUAUACCCGUGAACUGCAUUCAAUCGAUAGAACUCACUGGCAUACCGGAAGAUUGCUUACAACUGUAUGAACUCUUGGACUUUCCUCCUUCUGCACGUGUCAGCAUAUGCCUGUCCUUGCGUAGGAAGGGAGCGGUCGAUGCUCGCAAGCUCGCAUCCCUCCUGCGUAACCAUUUUACCGCCGGGACGGGCAGAACUUCUCCUGUACAAACCCUCGACGUAGCCUCUACCAACAGUUACGUCAAGUUUCGAGCGUGGCGUAGCCUUACCACCAAUCUCGAUGACACAACUCUCGAAGAAAGCGCACACAUCCACGAUCCAUUCAGCCUGGCUAUGCAUUCGGAGCCGACGUUCAGUCUCGAACUCCUUGACAUCCUCCCCAUGGCCGGCUCCACCGAGCGCGACAUUCUAGCGGAGCUGUGUCAAGCCAUCCCUUUGGAUGGCCUGCGCAGGCUCUCAUUCAACAGCUUCCGUCGGGGUCCUGCCUGGGGAAAGGCCGUGUGGCUCAACAUCUUCGGGCGUGCCAAGAACGUUCGUUCCGUGCGCAUUCACGGCGAUGCUGCACAUUCCUUCUCCGCAGCAUUGGUCACAGUCCCCGACGAUGCAUCCGCACCUCGAUCGAAACCCCGCGGGGCGGCGACCAACAAGUUCAAACACGCGCCUCGACAUGAGCUCUUUCUACCCGAGCUGCGCAGCCUUUACUUGGAAGACACAUGGCUCGACAGUGACUUUUCAGGGCAGCCGUUCCACGUCAGACUCACCACAUACCUUCAACAACGCUCUCGGCGCGCCCCGAUUGACGCUCUGUACAUCACCGACUGUACUCUUCAGGAAGAGAUGCUGGUCGAGCUGGACGCGGUUGAUGGCUUGAAUGUGGUAUGGGAUGGAAGCCGUGGGGAGUACGAGCCCGACGAUGAAGAUUAUCUGGACUCGGACGAUUAUCUAUCAGACUUCCUGUAG